AUGUUGCACGACAGAACGAGGCCCUCAUACUCCCCAUACAGACCUCGGGGGAGGGGUCCCCCUCCUUACUCUGAUAAUUUCACCCCUCUCAGCAAGACACCAAGUGAGAUACUGGCCACUGAAAGGGUAAAGAACUCUUUCCCGAGGCCACCACCCAUAAAACCCGGGCCAAAGGCACGACCAAACGAGUAUUGUGACUUCCACAAAGGUUUUGGGCAUAAAACCGAUGACUGUAUGUAUUUAAAAAGGGAAAUAGAGGCUGCGGUAAAGACGGGAAGGCUGGCCCACUUGGUUAAGGAAAUAAAGGAGGGGGGAGGGGACCCCAAGGGAAGAGAUAUAGGGGAGCCUGGGAGGGCAGAUGUUGACAUGAUUAGAAGGAGGAAUGAAUUCGAUACCGUCCGGAGUGUAAAGGCCAAGAUCCUGGGCUCCCCGGACUGCAUGAAAGCUCCCAUCCUUAUGCUACACUUGGAAGAAAACGAAGUGCAACGGCUUCCUCUAAACAUCUCAGCCAUAAUAGCUGGCCACAAAGUGUCUCGAAUACAUGUGGACGGAGGGUCCGGCGUCGAAGUAAUAUACGAGCAUUGUUUCCUUAGAUUUGACAGGGACGUAAGAGAUCGGCUCGAAGAAGACUCCAUCCCCUUAGUAGGAUUCAACAACAGUGUAUCACACCCCCUGGGAAAAAUCAGGCUUCUGUUCACAGUUGGGGUAGGGGAUCGGGUCCGAACGAUAAACCCGACCUUCACAGUGGUUCGGGCACCCUCAAAGUACAACACGAUCUUGGGAAGACCUGGAAUCGGGGACCUACAAGCACAGGCAUCCACCCCCCACGGAGCUUUAGUGUUUCAAACACCGAAGGGUUUAGCCUGGGUUAAGUCUGCUUAUGAAGUAAUCUCCUCCGUAUCCGAAGGAGAAGCAUCUGAGAAGCCCCGGAAGGAGGGUGUAGAAGAGUGGGUCCUUUGCGACGGGUUCCCAGAACAAACGAUCAAAGUAGGAAGUUGUCACACCCCUCCAAGACCCCACCCCGCCUUGGAGGCGUGA